AUGAACGCUUCUUGCAAGCGACCCAGAUCUAAUGAUCAACUUCCUAAUGAUGAGGUGUGUUUAGACCAAAUUGAGCAAGCCCCACAUGUGCCUCCAAUAAGUUUUAAAGAUACGCUUCAUAGUUCUGCUAUUUUUGAAAAGCCUAUUGGCGCUUCUGCUGCUGCUGCUAUGGAGGAAGAUUAG